AUGGAAACCAGAAGGAAGCCCCAGCUCCUCAUGAGCCUGAUAGUUCUCAGCGUGCUCUUCUCACAAACGUCGGCCUGGCCUCUCUUUGAAGCACCUUCUCUGAGUGACAGGAUACCGUUUGAAGGAGCCAAUGAACUUGAUCGAGUUUCAUUAAAACCAGACACUGACAUCUUGCAAAAUGCAUUUGCUGAAAAUGGUGUAUCCUUUCUUCCUUGUUUUAGGAAUGCCAGACAUGCUGAUGGGGUUUUCACCAGUGACUUUAGUAGACUCUUGGGUCAACUUUCUGCCAAAAAAUACCUUGAGUCCCUUAUUGGAAAACGAGUUGGCAAUAACAUCUCUGACGACCAGGGACCAAUCAAACGCCACUCGGAUGCAGUCUUCACUGACAACUAUACCCGCCUGCGAAAACAAAUGGCUGUAAAGAAAUACUUGAACUCAAUUCUAAAUGGAAAGAGAAGCGCUGACGGAGAAUCUCCUGAUUUUCUUGAAGAGUUAGAAAAAUGA